AUGCAAAAUGGGAGCCACGGUAUUCUCCAAACUGGAUUUGCAGUUCGGAUACUGGCAGAUACGCAUGGCGGACAACUCCAUCUACCAAGCUGCCUUCCGAACUCGUUACGGAUCGUACGAAUAUCUGGUAAUGCCAUUCGGACUCACCAACGCCCUGUCAACCUUCCAAGCCGAAAUAAACCAUAUUUUAUGCCCACUACUAGACAAUAUUCUCAUUUACUUGCACGAUAUGAAGCAGCACGUUGAACAUCUGCGAUGUGUCUUAAAAAAACUUCGACGAGAACGCUUCUACAUCAACUUAUCCAAGAGCGAAUUCUUCCUCAAGUAGGUCCAACUCCUAGGACAAAUAGUGA